CGCGUCGCCGAUCCCCUUUCCGCGCCCCGCUCCGGAGGUGGGGGACCGGCCGGGGCCUUGCGGGGGAGGCCCGUGGAGGGCGCGACGGGCUCGGCCGCCGGGCUGGCCUUUUCCCCACUGGUCUUCCGAGUCGACCGGCUCUGGCGGUGGGGACCGGGCCCGGUCCUCGGAUGCCUCCUCCUCCGUGGCAGUUUUUUGUCCAAGUCCCGCCCUGGAGAAGACCGUGGACCGGCCCCGGGAGCCGCUGUUGGAAAUCAUUCACCCUGUCUGCGCUGGUCUGUCUGCGGACCUUCGGUUCUCUUCUAUUGCCUUAUGUGUCUAUCCAUUGCCAGCACCACACAGACUGGCGCCUGUGGCUGUAUCGUAAGAUUUGAAAUCAGGUAGGGUCAGUCCUUUCUUCUGUUUGAAAACCAUUUUGGCCAUUGUAGGUCCUCUGCUUUGUCGUGUCAAUUUAGAUCAAUUUGUCAAUUUCUACAAGAAAAUCCUGCUCCUAUGUUUAUGGUGAUUGUGCUGGGUCUGGACAUCAAUCUGGGGAGAAUUGACGUCUUAAACAUAUAGAGAAUUCUAAUCCAUGAACAAACAUCUCUAUUUGUGUAGGUUUUGUUAUCCUUUAUCAGUGUUUUGCAGUUUUUGCAUACAGACCUUGUACAUAUUUUUAUUAACAUUUAUACCUAAGUAUUUCAAGGUAUUUUUGGUACGAUUGGAAAUCAUAUUCUUAAAUUUCAAUUUCACAUUGUUUGUUGAUACUAUAUAGAAUUACAGUUAAUUUUUAUUUCUCUACCUUGUAUCCUGCAACCUUGCCAAAAUCACUUGUUAGUUCUACUACUAAUUUAUUUUUUAUUCGGUUAUUUUUUCAAAGGCACCUGAGCUAACAUCUGUUGACAAUCUUCCCUUUUUUCCUUCUUCUCCCCAAAGCCCCCCAGUACAUAGCUGUAUAUUUCUAGUUGUAGGUCCUUCUGGCUGUGCUGUGUGUGCUGUGUGCUGCCCCAGCAUGGCCUGAUGAGCGGUGCCAUGUCUGCACCAAGGAUCCAAGCCUGCAAAACCCUGGGCUGCUGCUAUUCCUUUCUUUUGCCGUGUUGUACCAGCUAGGACCUCCUCGUACGAUGCUCACAAGGAAGAGUGAGACAGACGUCCUUCGUGGUCCUGGUCCGGCACCACAGCAUGGGAGGUCAGCUGUGGGGCUUCAUGGAUGCCCUUCUUCAGGGCAGACCAAGUCCGCACAGAAAAUUGAAGACUUGAUGGAAUUGGUGAAGAAGUUGCAGAAAGUGGGAAGCCUAGAGCCCAGGGUGGAAGUCCUGAUUAACCGGAUUAACGAGGUUCAGCAAGCAAAAAAGAAAGCCAGUGAGGAGCUGGGAGAGGCCCGGACUGUCUGGGAGGCACUGCAGAAGGAACUGGACUCAUUGAGUGGAGAGAAAGUACGCAUGAAAGAGAUCUUGAGCAAGAAGCAAGAGACCCUGAGGAUCCUUCGGCUCCACUGCCAGGAGAAGGAAGGGGAGGCACAGAGGAAGCAAACCAUGCUGCAAGAGUGCAAGGAGCGAAUUUCUUCCCUGAACUCCCAGAUCGAGGAAGAGAAGAACAAACAGAGGCAGCUGAGGUUGAAUUUUGAGGAACAGCUAGAGGAUCUGAUGGGCCAGCACAAGGAUCUCUGGGAAUUCCACAGGCCAGAGCAUCUGGCCCGGGAGAUUGGCGCCCUGGACAGCAGCAAGGAGCAGUUGCUCAAAGAAGAGAAGCUGGUGGAGGCAAAGCUGGAGGAUGUGAAGCAUCGCCUGUGCUCCCAGUUUGGGGCCAGGGGCUGCUCAGCCAUCACUGAGGGGCUUUUCCUCCGCAGCCAGGAGGCAGCAGCUGCAGUACAUCUCUUUGAGGAGGAGAACAGGAAUGCCCAGCGGCUCCUGGAGGCUGCUGCCCAGCGCCACGAGCAGCUGCAGCAGAAGUGCCAGCAGCUGCAGCAGCAGAGGCAGAGGCUGAAGGAAGAGCUGGAAAAGCUUGGGGUGCAGGUUCCUGCUGGAGCCCAGAGCAUGCAAGAGGAAGCGGUUGGCCCUGGAGAAGCUGCCAAUCCCAAGCCCCUCGGAGUCAGUGAGGAGAACGACCCAGAGCUGCUCACCGAGCAGGGCCCGAUGCCCUCCUAGGCAAGGAGGACCCACUCUGCCCUGGAGCUUAUUCCAUGGACUUUGGCAAAUAAAGACUCUAUUUCAGUA